UCUCAUAAACCUGAGACUACAAACCGGUUCACAAUGAUUGCAUUCAUCCUAUUGACCGCUUUGGCAAUUUUACUUGUAUUUAUUUAUCUGCGAAAUCCAUAUUUUAUGGGAGAUCUAAAUUACGCAUUCGGUCUAAUUCGCAUCGGCAUGCAAUUAAGCAAAAUCAGAAAGAGUUUUUCCAGCAUCUUAGAUUCUUUUCUGGAUAAAGUGCAAAAGCAUCCACAAAAGACAUUUCUGAUCUUUGAGGAAAACUCCUACACGUACAGUCAGGCCGACAAGGAGAGUAACAAAGUAGCCAGAGCUCUGUGGACGCAUGCCCAGCUGAAGGAGGGGGACACGGCCGCGCUGCUACUGGGCAACGAGCCGCAGCUUGUGUGGGUCUGGCUGGCUCUGGCCAAACUGGGCUGCGUGGCGUCGGUCCUCAACAUCAACAUCAGGUCCAAGUCUCUGCUGCACUGCUUCUCCUGCUGCGAAGCCAAGGUUCUCAUCGUCGGUGCUGACCUGCAAGAAGCUGUAGAAGAGGUUUUGCCCGCAUUGAGGGAGCAGAGCAUCCGUGUGUUUCUCCUCAGCGAUCACAGUGAUGUGGAAGGCAUCGAAAGCCUCUCUGAUAAGUUUGAGAAGGCCUCAGACCAGCCUCUGUCACCGCAACUGAGGGCCAACAUCAACCUCAAAAGUCCUGCAGUGUACAUCUACACAUCAGGGACCACAGGACUUCCCAAGGCAGCUGUAGUUAACCAUGAGAGUGUGUGGUUAGCAUCUUUUCUCCAGGCUAUUGCUGGUGUGCGCUCCAGCGAUGUCCUCUAUUUAUAUCUGCCUCUCUACCACACAGCUGGUCUUCUGAUGGGACUCUGUGGAGCCAUAAACAUAGGCAUCACUGUGGUUUUAAAACGGAAAUUCUCAGCUUCCAGCUUCUGGAAUGACUGCAGAAAGCACAAUGUGACUGUCAUUCAGUACAUAGGAGAGAUCAUGCGUUACCUUUGCAACACACCGAAGAGAGCCAAUGACAAGGAUCAUAAAGUCAGACUGGCUAUGGGGAACGGGAUACGGGCAGAAACCUGGGCUAAUUUCCUGAAGCGAUUUGGGAACAUUCGUAUCUGUGAAUGCUACGGAGCAACUGAAUCAAAUGUUGGCUUCAUCAACUAUGUUGGAAAAGUUGGAGCCGUCGGCAGAGAGCAUUUUCUUCAUAAAAUGUCAAGUCCAUAUGCCAUUAUCAGGUAUGACACAGAAAAAGAGGAGCCAGUCAGAAACUCCAAAGGAUUUUGUAUUGAAGUCCCUAAAGGAGAAACGGGUCUGCUGGUGGGAAAGAUUGGAAAGAGAAUCCCCGUCAGUAGCUAUGUAAACAACAAAGAACAGACAGAGAAGAAGAAGCUGAGAGACGUCUUUGCUCGGGGAGACCUCUACUUUAACAGUGGCGACCUUUUAAGGAUAGACAGUGAGGGAUUUGUCUACUUUCAGGACCGCAUUGGAGACACUUUCAGGUGGAAAGGAGAAAACAUUGCAACCACAGAGGUGGCUGAUCAUUUACUGACAGUGGAUUUUGUUGAGGAAGCUAAUGUUUAUGGUGUGAAGGUGCCAGGACAUGAAGGAAGAAUUGGAAUGGCAGCACUGAAGCUAAAAGAAAACAGGGAUUUUGAUGGCAAAGCUAUGUAUCAGCAUGUCAACAACUGCAUGCCCAGCUAUGCAAGGCCACAUUUUAUACGCAUAAAGGAUGCUGUGGGGGUGACUGGAACAUUUAAGCUGCUGAAGGUGAAGCUGGCUGAGGAGGGUUUCAACCCCGCCAUCAUCAUGGACCCUUUGUUUUUCUUGGAGGACGGUAAAGGCUACGUACCUAUGACUCAGGAGAUAUUUGCUUCUGUUACAGAGGGAAAACUUAGGCUCUGAAUGAGUUAGAUGAGUUUGGUAAAUGAUGUAUCUAAUUUUAGACGCUUUAAUUAAUGCAAGAUGCAGAGUAAUGCAGAAAUUACUUGUGCUUUGAGACUCUUUCUAAAACGAAUGUGACGAGAGGGAAAAUAUUUCAUACAGAAAUAUUUGAUAGAUAAUAGCUUUUUUUAAUUAUUCAAACAUAUGUACGUUUUUUUUUUUUUUAAUAAACUGAGUUCUUAUUUCA